AUGUCGCUGGUCAUCGCCGCCGGGCCUCGGCUCGGCGCCGCGUUGUGCCGCAUGCACGGCCCGGCCGCCGGUGCCACGGGCUGCCCUCGUUCCAGGUGCAGGCGGGCGGCGAAGGCCUCGCAGCUCUGCGCCGCCGACAUGUGCUCGCCGAAGCCGCCGCGCCGCCUUCGGCGCCCCGCGCCGCUCCAGCUGUAUUUACAAACUUGUGUCACAGUCCCGGUGCAAGCUUGCUCGGCCGCCCGGGAUGGCUGCGGGGCCGCCCCGCGGCUUCUCCUCAGGCACGGCGGCCGCCUCCCCGGCCCGGGGUUCCACGCGGAGCUCCGUCGGGAGCUCUACGCGGGUCGGGGGCGCGGCGGGAGUCGCCACCAGCUGCGGCGGGGCUUCCGCGCUCGGGUCACCGCCUCCCGUUCGGCCGCGCCUCGGCCGGACCUUGGCCCGCUUGCGGGCUCCGGACAGAGGCGUCCCGCGGCGGUGCCGCUCCGGCCGCCCGGCUCCCUCCACGCUGUGCGCCGGGCCCGUCGCUCCUGGUGGUGCCACCGCCGCUGCCGUCUGGGUUUGCGCAGGAAUCGCCGCCGCAGCCUGGUCGACACCAGCCGGCACAGCGAGAUGAAGUCGCCGUCGCCGCCGAGCCCCGGAGCCGCCCGCCCCGGGGGGGCUGGAGUCGCCGCCCGCCACCAGCAGUCCUGCGGAGCCGUGUGCAGCUCCGUCCCCGGCCUGACUUGCUGCGGCUGCCGAGCGUCCCGACAGCCCCGCGCUCUGUGCUCGCCGCCGGCCUCGCCGCUUGCAACGUCGAGCGGCUAUCACGAACUCUUAAGGCUAGAGAGUGGGAUGGCAGCAAGACCUCAGAGUGUGCUUGGAGAGGGCACGGUAAAGAAAGAGGAGGAAGGCCCUGGUGUUGCCCCUUCUCUACCAUCCCUGGGUCAGGAGCCCUCGAAUUCAGACAGCUGGAUGGCAGAGGGACCGUCCAGCGUGACCAGACUGGCCAGUGUGAAGGAGAAGGAGGAGGAAGGUCCUGGGUCCGCCCCAGAAUGGCCACCUCAAAAGAUGGAGGAGUUCCAGCCACUGCGGGCAGAUCCAGUUGCAGUCCUGACAGAAGAGCAGGAGCUCAUCCGUAGGCGUUUCAGCAAUAGAAUACAGACCUUUUGGAAAUUUGUCAAGACCACUGAACGUGAAGAAAUGGCCAUCACAGCCAUUGAGGGCAUGGCGAACUCUGACUCCUAUAACCCAGAGGCUUGUGCUGCCAUGCUGAAUUCACUUGUACAGAGUGACAUCCCCAAUUUGAAGCGCGUGCCGACAAUUGUGGCAUAUAUGUACCGGUGGCUCAAAGCCAACACAGAUCUGUCUGCGGAGCACAGGCUUGACAAGAGCCUUCUGAAGCUGGCGCAAGCACACCCCAACGAUGUGGUUGUGACCCUCUUGUGCUGUGCCCCUUCGUGUGACAGAGCCGCUGUGUCCAUGUGGAAGGUGAUGGUGUCUUCGAGCAGGACUGCAGAGGGGGUGCUGUCAGAGCUGCCCUGCGUGCUGGAGGACUGGCCACUGCACAGCACCUGCACCUCUGAGGGGGAGAACAAGGAAGUCUUUGCUCUGGCUGCAACCAGGGCACUGUGGGAAAUCAUUCGGGUGCCCUUGUCCCCACAGGCAUCGUUUGUGGUCCCCUGCCUCUUUGUGGCUCUGCUUGUCCAAGUCUUCUGCAGCACAGAGCAGAUGCCAAGUAAGAUCAAUUUCUUCUGGAGGAGAUGCCGGCAGAGGCACCACCAUCCUGCCAACCCCAAUAGGUUUGCAGUACUGACAGUGAAAGCGCUGCUGUGUCGCCUGCAGCUUGAGGAUGUGGUGCUGGCAGUUGAACGUAAGAAAGGUUGGGACACCCUGCUCAGCACUGACACCCACUGCUAUGCAGUGGGUCUGCUGGCCAGAGAGAUGCACCGUGUCUCCAGACCCAUGCGUGAAGGGAUCGCACGCUACCUGCUCACGCUGUUCACCAGGGAGGAGUCACGCUGGAGGGUCCCUGCCAUGGCAUUCCUUGUUGAGAUCCUGAACUGCCUUAAAACAGAGGAGCUGGUUGACACCAUCCUGCAGCUCAUGACAAGUCACCUGCAGAGUGACUGCAAAGAAAUGCGUCACCUGGUGCUCAGAGGCCUCCUCAUGUUCUGCAAGAAUCCCUUGAAGGCCAAAAGGUUGCAGAGCCUUACUAAAAACCUCAUGGAACUACUGAAGGAUGUAGAUGGGGAGCUGAUUGAGUUGACCCUCCCGGUGCUCAGCAAGGUGCUCCUGGACAGAGAGGUUCCAAUUGCCACCCCCAUCGCUCUGCAGUUGGGUGAGGCACUGCUGCCACUAUUUGACAAUGACGCCAGUCGAGUGCGACUGCUCUCCAUUCACCUCUUUGGAGACAUGAUAGUCUGUGUAGAGAAAGAGGGAAAAAGGCACCUGAAGAUGUGUGUGCACCAAAGUCUGCUCCCACUCUUCUACCACCUGCAUGAUGAGAACCAGUGUGUGGCAGAGGCCUCUCUGGAAACCCUACUAAAAGCAACCAAGUUCCUGAAGAAGAGGAGGUUCAUGCAACUACUGGAGAGGGAGCAGCCAUGGAGAGUCAGUGAGUGCCUAAUGUCAGAGGGCAGGAGGACAACAGACGAGUACCGGCGCCAGUCCCUGACAUACUUGGAGAGCUCACAGGAGUCCAUGAGAGAGACAGCUAUCAGGUUACUCGGGCUCGCUGGACAGCACAUGAGGGGACAGCAGGAAGAGUUCCAGAACAUCUGUGAUGCCCUUGCAGGAAUGACAAAUGACAUCAGCCCCUCCAUCUCAACCCUGGCCGAUCAAACACUGCGCAUCCUAAGAACUGCACCAAGACAUCGGUUGCCCUUCAGAUUCCAGCUGCUACAAGACAAACUCCACAGGAUAUGGAGGAGAUAG